UUGAGUGAAAAGAAAGGGAUGCAGACUAUGCACAUGUGUCUUGUUUUAUCUUCACCUAUUUUUUAUAUUGCAAAUUGAUGUCAAUAUUCCUGCUGAGUUGCGGGGCCUCUUUUUAAUUUUUUUGUAGGGGUGUAUUUUUGAUGGACAAAAUGCUAAAUGGUCCUUGUCUGGCAUACAAGGAGCUCUUGUGUGAAACCACUAACGUGAAGAUGGCAUUUUAGAAGGCUUGUCAGCUUAAUCGUCUUGACAGGUUUGUGUGGUGUGAAGACAUUCCGUUCAGGCAUGACAAAGCUACAGAAGAAAGUAAUAUUUUGCCUGGCUGGCACAUUAAGCUUUGCUUGUGCGAUCGGAAUCGCUGCCGCUCUUGGAACCCAGCUCUGGCUAAGAGGUACAAUUCUCUGCAAGACAGGAGCCGUGUUAGUUAAUGCUACUGGGGAUGAGCUGAAGAAAUUCAUCGGGGAAAUCCAGUAUGGUCUUUUUUACGGACAGAGAAUCAAGCAGUGCGGCCUCGGAGGGCGACCCACCGCGUUUUCAUUUUUUCCAGAUUUGCUGAAUGCAAUACCUGCCAGCAUGCAUGUUAGCGUUAUUACAUUCUCCAUAACACUGCUAGUCUUCGCGUUGGUGGGUACAGCCUUCUUCAUGUUCAAUGCCUUCGGUAACCCAUACCAAACAUUUCAUGGACCUGUAGGACUGUACUUCUGGAGCUUCAUCUCGUGUUCCUGCGGCAGCCUUGUUUUAAUCCUCUUCUCAUCAGAAGUUAAAAUACACAAUCUAACAGAGAAAAUUGCUAAUUAUAAAGAAGUUGGAUUUAUAUUUAAAACAGAGAGUGAACAAUUUGAGAAUUCCUUCUGGAUCAUAUUGGUUUGUAUCCUUGUGCACAGUUUCAAUAUUUGCUUGAUUCGAUUAGCCGGCUUUGAUUUUCCUUUUACGAAAACUAAAGACCUUGAUACAAGUUCAGGUGCUAUUGACCUGAUGUACUAAGAGCACACACAUAUCACCUGGAAAAAAACAGUGACAGUAGGCUUUCUAUUUGUGUGAACUGGCAUACUGAAGUACUCCUUUACUACACAUAGCUAGGAUUGUAUUCAGUACCACCAAGAAUGAUGGCUCUCAAUCAGUUGUUUAGAUUAUAUGGAAUGAUUCAACAAUGGGUAUUUUGCACCAAAC